AAAAAAAAGGGGGGAUAUAGGUGAUGGGUCUUCACCAUAAAUAGACCCCUGUGAGCUAACCAGCUUAACUAGCUGUGUGAUGUGUGGCUUUUUUUUUUUCAAUUCCCCUGGCAACAAACCACAAACUGGGAUCUGACACUAAGUUGUUCUAAAGCUCAUUUCAACCCUCACACACAUACGUAAGGAGGAGCUGGGCCUAGGGCUCUUCCACUGAGGACCUUCUCUUCUUACAGCUGCUUUCUGAAACGAGUGGAGCAACUGGUGGGUAGUUCCAUAGCCUUCCAAAGGUAGCUGAUGAAUGAUUUGAAGUAUUGAUUCUUUGUGAGCCUCACCAGACUAUUUCUUGCAAAACUGCCAUUUGCUCACAAAUAAGUGAUAUUUAAGCUCCUGUUUUAUGACCUCUUUCUAAUGGCAUAUUCAAGUCGCAUAGAAAACACUGCAAUCAUACCUGGAACGCGGUGAGAAGCAAGUACUACACGUUGAUUCUUUUCCUGUACGAGGAAAAUGGGCUGUGACCGGAACUGUGGACUCAUCGCUGGAGCUGUCAUUGGUGCAGUCCUGGCUGUGUUUGGGGGUAUUCUCAUGCCAGUUGGAGACAUGCUUAUUGAGAAGACAAUCAAAAAGGAAGUUGUCCUUGAAGAAGGAACAAUUGCUUUCAAAAACUGGGUUAAAACAGGAACCACAGUGUACAGACAGUUUUGGAUCUUUGAUGUGCAAAACCCAGACGAAGUGGCCAUGAACAGUAGCAAAAUCAGAGUUAAACAGAGAGGCCCUUACACUUACAGAGUUCGUUAUCUAGCCAAGGAGAAUAUAACUCAGGACCCAGAGGACAGCACUGUCUCUUUUGUACAGCCCAAUGGAGCAAUCUUUGACCCUUCACUGUCUGUGGGAACCGAGAAUGACACCUUCACAGUUCUCAAUCUGGCUGUGGCAGCUGCACCACAUAUAUACACAAACUCCUUUGUUCAAGUUGUGCUCAAUUCACUUAUCAAAAAGUCCAAGUCUUCUAUGUUCCAAAAAAGAACUUUGAGAGAACUGUUGUGGGGUUACAAGGAUCCAUUCUUGAGUUUGGUUCCAUAUCCCAUUUCUACCACAGUUGGUGUGUUUUAUCCUUACAAUGAUACUGUAGAUGGAGUUUAUAAAGUUUUCAAUGGAAAGGAUAACAUAAGCAAAGUUGCCAUAAUUGAUUCCUAUAAAGGAAAAAGGAAUUUGUCCUAUUGGCCAAGUUAUUGCGACAUGAUUAAUGGCACAGAUGCAGCCUCUUUCCCACCUUUUGUGGAGAAGUCUCGGGUACUGCGGUUUUUUUCCUCCGACAUUUGCAGGUCCAUCUAUGCUGUGUUUGGAUCUGAUAUUGACCUUAAAGGAAUCCCAGUGUACAGAUUUGUUCUUCCAGCCAAGGCCUUCGCUUCACCGCUCCAGAAUCCAGACAAUCACUGUUUCUGUACUGAACAGGUCAUCUCGAAUAACUGUACAUCAUACGGUGUGCUGGACAUCAGCAAAUGCAAAGAAGGAAAGCCUGUGUACAUUUCCCUUCCACAUUUCCUACAUGCAAGUCCUGAUAUUUCAGAACCUAUCGAAGGUUUGAAGCCAAAUGAAGAAGAACAUAGGACAUACUUGGAUGUGGAGCCUAUAACUGGAUUCACUCUACAAUUUGCAAAACGACUUCAGGUCAAUAUACUGGUCAAGCCAGCCAGAAAAAUCGAAGCAUUAAAGAAUCUGAAGAGAAAUUAUAUUGUACCUAUACUUUGGCUUAAUGAGACUGGAACUAUUGGCGAUGAGAAAGCAGAAAUGUUCAGAAAUCAAGUGACUGGAAAAAUAAAGCUUCUUGGUCUGGUGGAAAUGGUCUUGCUUGGGCUUGGAGUGGUGAUGUUUGUUGCUUUUAUGAUUUCAUAUUGUGCUUGCAGAACCAAGAAUAGAAAAUAAGUAGUGAACAAGACUACAUUUACACGUCAGUUACAUAAAGAUUUUUGAUGAAACCAAUCUACAAAUGGAGACUUAAUAUAUGCUUUGUUUUUGCAAAACCCACCUAUCAUUAGUUGGAGAAAUGGUGGUGUGUGUGUGCUCUUUCUUUUUCUCUCUCUCUUUAUAUGUGUGUGUGUGUGUGUAUUCACUAAGCCAAAGCAUAUUUCAAAAGGAUUAUUGUAACACUAUAGCCUAUGUUUUUCAUAGAAUCCAGUACUUUGUACAGUCCAUCAUCUGUAACCUGAGUGGACUUCAGUUUCUAUAGAGCCAAUUUUUCUUGGUUGGUUCUGAUUUAUUGUUGCUCUCCAUUAUGGCAAAUUUCAAAAAUGUACAUUCUAAGCAAUUUUUCUUUUCCCUGUUUGUGGGAAAACACCGUCAUGUCUGGGGUGCCACAGCAAGGUCAGAUAUCACAGAGAUUGUUUUGUAUUGUUUUGCUUUGCUUUGUUUUUUUCCUAACACUGAGCCCAUAUGUUUUGUCCCUCACCAUGAAAUGGACAUUUUUAGCCCACUUUGCCUCUUCUUAUUUAAAGUAUGCUUUCAUGUCCUGUCCUGUAUAGCUCUUUCAAAAACUGAAUAGGUUUUCCUCUUUCUGCUCAGCUGCAACUAAUGCAACCUCAGAGAGCUGUUAUAGUAUUGAGAUGUAAAUGAUAAUAAAGGAACUAUUUUAAGGAA